AUGGGGGACAUCUGUUUCACAACACAGAUAAUUGGUAAGGAUGGUGUUUUGGAUAUUCCCGGAUUGGACAAAUUCACCAAGGAUGUUAAACUGAACGACCCAUACGCUGUUGUAUCAAUAGUGGGCGCCCAGAGUAGUGGAAAGAGUACACUUAUGAAUCAUCUAUUUGGAACCGAUUUUCAAGAGAUGAAUACAAACGGACGAAGGUCACAGACUACCAAUGGUAUAUGGUUGGCGAAGGCCAAAAAUAUUGAACCGUGCACCCUUGUAAUGGAUUUGGAAGGCACAGAUGGAAAAGAGAGAGGGGUGGAUGACACAUCAUUUGAAAAGCAAAGUGCAUUAUUUGCUUUGGCUGUUUCAGAUGUUAUCUUGAUCAAUAUGUGGUGUCAUGACAUUGGCAGAGAACAUGCUGGGAACAGGCCUCUCUUGAAGACCGUUUUCCAGGUCCUCAUGCGGUUGUUCGACCCUCACAAGAAAACAAUGUUAUUUGUUAUUCGCGACAAAACUAAGACGCCUUUCGAAAACAUUGUGGCUGAUUUACGGGAAGAUAUCCAGCAGAUAUGGGAUGGUGUCCAGAAACCCCAGACUCACACAGAUGCUCCACUUAGUGAUUUUUUCAACAUACAAUUUGAGGGACUCUCCAAUUAUGAGGAAAACCCUGAUUUAUUCAAAAACCAGGUUUCCACUUUAAGAAAUUGGUUUCGAAAAUCAAUUGGUCAUGCUGGACCUUCAGGAAAUCAGCAUGGUGUUGUUCCGGCUUCAGGUUUUUCAUACAGUACAAAUGAAAUUUGGAAGUGCAUUAAAGAGGACAAAGACCUUAAUCUGCCUAAACAUAAAGUUAUGGUGGCUACAGUGCGUUGUGGGCAAAUCAGUAGUGAGAAAGUUGCUAUUUUUAUAGCUGACCAGGAUUGGAAACAUUUUAAGGAGACUGUUCAAAAUUACUACGUUCCCGGGUUUGGGAAGAAGAUCAGCACACUUCUGGAUAGAUGUUUAUCAGAGUAUGAUAUGGAAUGCAUUUAUUAUGAUGAUGGUGUCAGAACAUCGAUAAGGCAGCAACUCGAGUCUGAAAUUUUGAAGCUCGUCUAUCCUGCGUACAAAUCUCUUAUGAAGCAUUUGCUGAAUGGAACUUUAAAAGCAUUCGAGGAGUCCUUUCAUAAGGCCCAAAAAAAACAGGAAUUUGAAGUUGCUGCUCGUGAUUGUACUCAAUCAUUCUUGCAUAAGUUCACAAAAGGAUGUGAAGAUGCUACUAUUCAACAAAUGACAUGGGAUCCUGCAACUUUCGAGAAUAAGCUUAAGCAUGCCAUCGACGCUCAUGUGGAGUCAGUUCGUGUUUUGAAACUGAAAGUGGCAGAUCUUUGUGGCAGAUCUCAGGGGAGACUUACAAGAGCUCUAGCAGAACCAGUCGACGAGUUUCUACGUUCAGCUCGAGAUAACACCUGGGAAGCUAUUAAAACGCUUCUUGUAAGCGAGACAAUAUUUGCUGCUGGGGAUCUUAAAUGUGCUCUUUUACAUUUUGAGCCCAAUGAAGGUACAAUGAAAGAACUACUUUCAAGGCUGGAAAAUCAUGGAAGGAGCAUUAUUAAAUCAAAGGCAAAAGAAGAAGCUGCAACUGUCUCAAUCCGCAUGAAAGACAGGUUCACAAAAUUAUUCAAUAAUGAUGCCCCUAUAUCAAGAGUACAGAAAGAAGAAGUAGAUAUAAAAGCAAUUGCUAAAUCUGCACAGGAUGAAUGUAUGAUGAUGCUUUGGAUAAUAUUGGCAAUUCGGUCAGAUGGAGAGGGUGGUACCUUUGAAAACUUCCGUUCCCUACUACUUGAUGAAGGGCCUCAGACGACAGAUAAGAGUUACCAAUAUGAUCCACUGUCCUCCAUCUCAUGGAAAAUGGCGGGAACUUUAAUCUCCCCUGUCCAGUGCAAGUCACUCUGGAGCAAAUUCAUGGUUGAAGUUGAUUCUAUUGUCAAACCGGCCCGAGAUGCUCAGAUUGCCAUGUGA